AUUCAAACCCUGUCUGCCUCUCUGUUCUCUCGAAUCAGGUUCAUGACUGUCUACUCGUCAUUGCAAUGAAGAGCAAAGUGGGUUGGUAUCAGAUUUUGAUUCUAGGGGACAUAUACGUAUGUUAAUGAUGUUAAAGAUGGUAAGAGGACGACAGAUUUUUUGCUCCAAGUGUUUCACUAAUCAACUUCUGUAUGCUAUAAACGGAACUGAGCCAUGAUUUUAAUAUGCCAUAAUGCCCAUGAACUUUGGGAGACACUCUUCGAGUGUGGUUGACGAGAUUUACAUUAUUGUAAUAUGAUGAAAGCUCUUAAUGAGAUAAACAAUUUUGCAUUUGGUUUUAAUAUACAAUGGCGUGGAAGGUCACAAGCUGCCUCUGUUUCUUCUGAUGUACCAAAAGUCAAGAGAGUUCAGAAAAAAGUUUCAAAAGAUGAACGACGUGCUAUGAUGGAAGCUUUUGUGAACAAUUACAGAGUUACACAUAAUGGAAAAUUCCCAACCGUGACCGAUGCUUUAAAACAUGUGGGUGGUUCUUUCUAUGUUGCUAGGAAAGUUCUUCAGGAACUGCAAUACAAAUCCAAAAUAUUGUCUUCAGCUGGAACGAAUGAAAAAAAUUUAGUAGUAGGGGUAAUAGAAAAGAAUAAAGUGACAGUGGAUGUGGAAUCUCAAAAUGGGCUCCAUUCAAUUGUUGCUCAGGAUAUGGAGAUUGUUGAUACCAGUGGCAACCAUUUAGAAGCUGAGGGAGGGCCUUCAUGCUCAGCUGUGUCUGGAAGGGCCUUGUUUGAUGAGGUCACAAAGCCUGUGGCUUAUGGUGGUCAGUCUGGUAGUGAAGAUGGCAAAAAAGAAGCUGUGGGUGAUUCUUAUUUUGUUGCAAGCGAAGGUCCUAUCUUAAAACAAGAAACUGAGGAAGUGUCUUGUUCACGCUUAGCAAAUGCAGAUGAGAAAGAGGAACAAAUUCAGUCAGACAAUUUACUGGAUCUUGGUGGUGUAAAGCAGGAAGAAAAAUCUUAUAAAGGGCCUUCUGAACCUGAACAGAAUGCAGCUGACAUUUCUAGUGGAGAGGCUAAAGACAUAGAAGUUUUGAAGAAAUCAACCAUUUGGGGAAAUCUAAAGUCAUUUGCAGAUAGCAUUAUUAGUGUGUGGAAGAAACUGUAAACCAUUGUCUUUGAUACCCUUUUGAACAUUAGUAAUGUUAGGAUAGGUAGUAAUAUUAUCAGAUGACAUUGGUAUGAGAGGUAUUAAUCCCAUCAGAUAUUGCUCUUCCCUAGCUUUUUCUUGAAACCCAAACUGGUUGGUUCAUUCAGUGCGAUUGAGGAACCCAAUGGUUGGGUUGGUUUAGGUUAAGUUAAAAGACUUAUUUCACAAUGGGACCAAAUUAACCCACAGUCAAACCCGAGUCCCUGCAAAUGGACAUUGUCAGGCUUGUCAUAAAGCUAUAUUCAGUUUUGAUUAAAUGUAAUUCAAGUUUUAUAUUUAAUAAUUAUAUAGGCAAGAUUGUUUUAAA